GGUGUAGGCCCCGGCGCGGGAGGCAGCCCGGAGCGCGACGAAGGUGGCGCCGGCUACAACAGCGAGGACGAGGUACGCACGGCGGCUGCCAGGAGUCGAGAGCCAUGGACCCGGCCACCGUGGAACAGCAGGAGCACUGGUUUGAGAAGGCCCUUCGGGACAAGAAGGGGUUCAUUAUCAAACAGAUGAAGGAGGAUGGGGCCUGCUUGUUCCGGGCAGUGGCGGACCAAGUAUACGGCGACCAGGACAUGCACGAGGUUGUCCGGAAGCACUGCAUGGACUACCUGAUGAAGAACGCGGACUAUUUCUCCAAUUACGUCACCGAAGACUUCACUACGUACAUCAACAGGAAGAGGAAGAACAACUGCCACGGGAACCACAUCGAGAUGCAGGCCAUGGCCGAGAUGUAUAACCGGCCCGUGGAGGUGUACCAGUACAGCACAGAGCCCAUCAACACGUUUCAUGGCAUUCAGCAGAACGAGGACGAGCCCAUCCGGGUCAGCUACCAUCGCAACGUCCACUACAACUCAGUGGUGAACCCCAACAAGGCCACCAUUGGUGUGGGGCUGGGGCUCCCCUCCUUCAAGCCAGGGUUCGCCGACCAGUCCCUGAUGAAGAAUGCCAUCAAGACGUCCGAGGAGUCGUGGAUCGAGCAGCAGAUGCUGGAGGAUAAGAAGCGAGCCACGGACUGGGAGGCCACGAACGAGGCCAUCGAGGAGCAGGUAGCCCGAGAGUCCUACCUGCAGUGGCUUCGGGACCAGGAGAAGCAAGCCCGCCAGGUCAGGGGCCAAGCGCAGCCCCGGAAAGCUAGUGCCACUUGCAGCUCUGCCACAGCGGCAGCCUCAAGUGGUCUGGAAGAGUGGAGCGGCCGGUCCCCCCGGCAGCGGAGCACCGCGCCCUCCCCAGAACAGCAGGACCUUCACCCAGAGCUGGGCCCCAAGCCGCCCUCACCGGGCCACGCCCUCACUCUCGCCAAACCCCCCUCACCCUGCGCACCAGGUCCAAGCAGCCAGUUAGUAACAGGAGGAGACCGAGCCACCUCCCCCCUCGUGUCCCUGUACCCCGCUCUGGAGUGCCGGGCCCUCAUCCAGCAGAUGUCACCUAGCGCCUUUGGUCUGAACGACUGGGACGACGAUGAAAUCCUGGCCUCCGUCCUGGCCGUCUCUCAGCAGGAAUAUUUGGACAGUAUGAAGAAAAACACAGUACACAGAGACCCCCCGCCAGACAAGAGUUGAUAACCAGGGACUGGAGCCCCCUGCCCGCCCUUGCCCCUUCUGCUUUCCGCCACUCUGCCCUCCCCUGGCUAAUCCUUGGGAGAUUCCAGCACUAGGGUCCAGCCUUGGCCCCACCUUGGAUCUCGUGCCUCCCUCCACCUACCUCCUCCCGACCCCUAAGUCACGCCUUCUUGAGCUCCUCUUCACCUAAACUCCAUGGAUUCAGUGGUGGGAUGACCGUGGGCGGGCCCGGGCCACGCUGGACACCCCCUCUUCCCCCUCUUCCUUCCCCCCCCCC